CAGGCCGAGCUGGGUCCAUUUCCUCACUGCUUUGUCUUGAGGACGCAAUGAUGCCGAAGAAAGCAAAGCCCACAGGGAAGGGGAAGGAAGAGGGAUCUGUUCCCUGUAAGCAGUUGAAGAUGGAGGCAGCUGGUGGACCCUGCUCCACUUUGAAUUUUGAAAGCCCCAGUGAUCUCUUUGAAAGUUUAAUCUCCCCCAUCAAGACAGAGACUUUCUUCAAGGAAUUCUGGGAGAAGAAGCCCCUUCUCAUUCAGAGAGAUGACCCUGCAGCGGCCACAUACUACCAGUCUCUGUUCAGGCUGUCAGAUCUGAAGAUUCUGUGGAGCCGGGGUAUGUACUAUGGAAGAGACGUGAAUGUUUGCCGCUGUGUCAACGGGAAGAAGAAGGUUUUAAAUAAAGAUGGCAAAGUGCACUUCCUUCAGCUGAGAAAAGAUUUUGACCAGAAAAGAGCAACAAUUCAGUUUCACCAACCUCAGAGAUUUAAGGUCUUCAUCCUGCAGCUGGAAGGAGAGAAACACUGGCGUCUCUACCAUCCGACUGUGCCCCUGGCCCGGGAGUACAGCGUGGAGUCCGAGGACAAGAUUGGGAGGCCGACCCACGAGUUCACGUUGAAGCCAGGUGAUUUCCUGUACUUUCCCAGAGGGACCAUUCAUUAAGCGGACACUCCUCCAGGGCUGGCCCACUCCACUCACGUGACCAUCAGCACCUCCCAGAACAAUUCGUGGGGAGAUUUCCUUUUGGACACCAUUUCAGGGCUUGUAUUGGACACUGCCAAGGAAGAUCUGGAGUUCCGGGCUGGCAUACCCCGGCAGCUGCUCCUGCAGGUGGACGCCAUGGCUGUUGCGAGGAGAAGGUUAAGUGGCUUUCUGAGGACCCUUGCCGACCGGCUGGAGGGCACCAAAGAGCUGCUUUCAGCUGACAUGAAGAAGGAUUUUGUUAUGAACAGACUCCCCCCUUACCAUAUGGGAGACCCAGCGGAGCUUUCAACACCAGGUGGACAGUUGCCAAGGUUGGACAGCACAGUGAGAUUGCAGUUCAAAGACCAUACCAUCCUCACAGUAGGGCCGGAUCAGGAUCAAUCUGAUGAAACUCAGAAAAAGAUGGUUUACAUCUAUCAUUCCUUGAAGAAUAGGAGAGAAACACACAUGAUGGGAAAUGAGGAAACAGAGUCCCAUGGACUUCGCUUCCCUUUAUCACAUAUGGAUGCACUGAAGCAAAUUUGGGACCACUCAGCUAUUUCUGUCAAGGACCUGAAACUUACCACCGAUGAGGAAAAGGAAAACCUGGUGUUAUCCCUCUGGACAGAAUGCUUAAUCCAGGUAGUCUAGUGCCUUCCCAGAAUCCAGGGUGUACCGUCUCACAGAUACACACAUGUGCAAAGAAGAGCAAUGAUUGAUGUGGUGCUUUGAGUCAGUCGACUGGGACUGACCUGGUCUUACAACAAUUUUCCUCACCUGUGUUACUAAUAACAUGAGCCGUACCUGUUUCAGGGAGUUAGGCACACAGAAGAAAGGUGUCUCAGUAACAAAACCGUACUUUUGGCAAACUCAUUUAUUCCAGUGUGGUAGAAAAGGCACAACUCCAAUAAAUGUAUCAUUGAAAGUUAAAAAAAAAAAAAA